UGGAAACAGAACGCAAUUCUGUUCUACAAAAUUUAAAAAGAAGGCAGAGAGGCUCAGUGUUUCAUUGCACUCGAUUUUUACAAGCUGUUUAUCAGACCUGUUAAGGAGUAAGAUAUAAUGUUACCUUUUAGUAAAUGCAAGAGUUUUACAAGCUUUGCAGCUUCUGGAGCUGAAGCCCUUGCUGCUGGAGAUUAUAAUGUCCAAAGGUGUGAAGUUGAGGAGCCCAUUAGGGAAGCCAUCGAAGGCACAAUUGUCCACAAAGACCAAGUGCAGAAUGUCUCUGAUGGAUACAUGGAUACGCUCAUGGACACGGCCAAGCCUGAGGAUAUUCUGGAGCAUGAGAACUCCGACCUGAAGGAUGAAGUAAAAAUACUGCACUGCUCACUGGACAAGUUAGAGGAAGAACUCCGUGACACUAACCGCAUGCAUGUAAGGAAAUUAACGGAGCAGGAGCAAAAGCUGCAGAAAUCCAAAGUCCUUUGGUACCAAUCCGAAGAGACUAAGGAUAUUCUGGAGCAGGAGAACUCCAACCUGAAGGACGAAGUAAAAAUACUGCACUGCUCAUUGGACAAGUUGGAGGAAGAACUCCGUGACAUUAACCGCAUUAAUGUAAGGAAAUUAACGGAGCAGGAGCAAAAGCUGCAGAAAUCCCAAGUCCUUUGGUACCAAUCCGAAGAGACUAAGUACAUUCUGGAGCACGAGAACUCCAACCUGAAGGACGAAGUAAAAAUACUGCACUGCUCAUUGGACAAGUUGGAGGAAGAACUCCGUGAUACUAACCGCAUGCAUGUAAGAAAAUUAACGGAGCAGGAGCAAAAGCUACAGAAAUCCCAAGUCCUUUGGUACCAAUCCGAAGAGACUAAGGAUAUUCUGGAGCAGGAGAACUCCAACCUGAAGGAUGAAGUAAAAACACUGCAAGCGUCAGUGGAGAAGUUGGAGAGACAACUCCAUGAGACCCAAAAGUUUAAUGAAGAGAUACUGAACGAGCAGUAUCGAGAGCAGCAGAAACACAUUACCCUUUUGUCCAUGUUUGCAGCCAUUAAGAGUGAAGCUCAGGAGAAAGCUCUGAACGCCAUUGCUCAGAUAGAGAAUGAGAAGUUCGCCCUGAGGAAACAACUGGGAAUUCUGCACUCACUAGAGGGCUGUGCUACAGAGAUCUAAAUCGCACAGGACGCCCAAAGAAGUGGAAAAAAUCAGAUCGCCAACAAAAAAUGCUGCACAUCGUUUAUCACGAUGAACAUAAAAAAUAAGAAAUGAAACCUGAAUUAAAUAAAAAGAUUAUUGUAUGAAA